AUGACCGUGUGCUGCUCCCAAAAGAAGGAAUGUGAGCUGGAUGAAAACGCUCACCACCGCCUCGGCUGCGUCCGACCAGAGGAGCCAGAGCUCCUCCCGAUGGCAGCCUCCGGCCCUGCAGCGCUCAUGCUGAGUUCAGAGGACGUCGGAGUUGAGGACAUUAAAAACCCUCUGGACGAUGUGAAGGCCGGACUGUUGGACAGCUCCGGUCAGCAGCUCCCUCUGCAGGCCGUCCACCUGAAGUGCAAACUGAUGGACCUGCUCUCUCAGGUCAUAAUUUUCCAAAAAUACACCAACACCAGCUCCGUGUCCAUCGAGGCCAAGUACGUUUUCCCGUUGGACGAUUCUGCAGCUGUGUGUGGAUUUGAAGCGUUUAUCAAUGGGAAACACGUGGUGGGAAAGGUGAAGGAGAAGGAGACGGCUCGUAAGGAGUACAAAAAGGCUAUUGAGAAGGGCCAUGGGGCAUAUCUCAUGGAUCAGGACGCCCCCGACGUGUUCACCAUCAGCGUUGGCAAUCUGCCUCCCGGAGCCACCGUCCUCAUCAAAGUCACCUUCGUGUCCGAGCUGAUCGUCAGGGACGGGAGUAUUCUCUUCUCUGUGCCCGGGAGUGUGGCUCCGUGGCAGGAGAGCGCAGCGCUCAACCAGACCACACAGGUCACUGUGGAGAAAGUGUGUGUGACUGAUGAUGCAGCAAAUACAAGAGAGUUCAGCCUGGAUGUGUCGGUGGAGAUGCCCAACGAGAUCAGCAGCCUGCAGUGCAUCACUCACAAAGUCAAGGUCAAGAGAACCGACUGUAAGGCAGUAGUGAGCGUGCUGCCAGGACAGGUGAUGGGUCUGGAGGGUUUCCAGCUGUCGGUCAGUCUGUCCGAGGUCCACCUGCCCAGGAUGUGGGUGGAGAGACACCCGGACAAGGACAGUCAGGCGUGCAUGUUGGUUUUCUAUCCAGACUUCGAUGUCAGUUCCAGCUCAGAAUCCGAUGAAGUCGUCCUGUUGCUGGACACGUCUGAGUCCAUGAAGGGGGAGUCUCUCCGCAUGGCUCAGAGAAUCGCCCUCCAGGUCCUCAAGGCCCUCGGCAGCAACGUCAGACUCAACGUCGUUUUAUUUGGCACAGAUCACACCGAAGCGUUUCUGACAGCGCGGCCGCUCACUGAGGCUCGACAGGCGGCAGAGGGCUUCAUCAAGAACUUGUCUCCAGUGGGUGGCAGCACUGAGCUCUGGCGGCCCCUGAGGGCCCUCAGCCUGCUGCCUCCGUCACGUGGCAUCAGGAACCUGCUGCUGCUGUCGGACGGCCACAUCCAGAACGCAAACUUCACCCUGAAGCUGCUCAGAGACGACGUGCAGCACAGCCGCCUCUUCACCUGCGGCCUCAGUCCGACAGCCAAUCGGCACAUGCUGAGAGCUCUGGCCCAGGCCGGGGGCGGAGCCUACGAGUUCUUUGACACGAAGGUCAAACACAGCUGGUCAGAGAAGGUGUCACGUCAGGUGAAGCGCGUUGCGUCUCCUGGCUGCAGCUCAGUGUCUGUGAAGUGGCAGCAGUUCAACCCGACAGCGCCCGCUCCUGUGCAAGCGCCCAAACAGCUCCACGCUCUGUUCAACGACUGUCACACGCUGGUGUACGGCUUUGUGCCGCACUGCACUCAGGCCAGCCUCCACGGGAACCUGAGUGGUCAGGAGCUCAACACCAUGGUGUCGACGAGUGAGCUGCAGAAGACGAGAGGCACGUUCCUUCACAAGCUCACAGCCAGAGCCCUCAUCAGGGAUUACGAAGAUGGAAGCCUGGAUACAGACGAGGCUGAACAUGAGGGGAAGAAGGCGGAGUUGAAGUCCUUCGUCAUCGAGUUGAGCAAAGAGUUCUCCAUCCUGUCUCAGUUCACCAGCUUUGUGGCCAUUGAGGAGAGGGACCCGGAGGAACCGGAGGAGGGUUUUACAGACAUCCCCGAGUUGAUCGCAGAGGAGGAUGUGGACUUCCUCCCCUACAUCAGCUGGAAUGAGGAGGAUCUUUCUGAGCUUGACGUGAAUCACAUAUUAAAGUGUCUUGAAAGCCAUGACGGCAUGCCUCAGCGUUACUUUGAAGAAAAGGUAUCUGCACAGAUUCAGCGUCGAGGUGUAUUGAGAGGCUCGAUCUCUCCAGAGAGUUCAUCGGAUUACAGCAGCUCAUCGGCUUCAUCGGGCGAUGCGAAUGCGAUGGAUGACUAUGACUUUUACGUUGAGCUAACUGAACCAGACUUCCUGGAGUCCAGAGAAAAGAAACCAGAAGUGGAAUCUGUCCUGGAGUGUGGAUCUUUUCUGUGGUCUUCUUUACUUGCCCACAGCUCAAUUCAAACCCCUCCGAUCCCUCCAGCUCCAGCUCCAGCUCCAGCUACAGCUCCAGCUAUAGAUCUAUCAUCUCCUUGGCGCAUGUCUUCAAUUACCCGUCGCUCACUUCAAACCUCUCCGAUCUCACGGCCUCCACCUCUAUUUUCUCGUUUGGAGUUGUCUUCAAUUACCCGUUGCUCACUUCAAACCUCUCCAAUCUCACGGCAUCCACCUCUAUUUUCUCGUUCAGGGUCGUCUUCAUUUACCCAAAGCUCAAUUCAAACCUCUCCGAUCCCACCGCCUCCACCUCCAGCUACAGCUACAGCUCCACCUCCAGCUCCAUCAUAUGAUUGGCAGAUGUCUUUUUCUACCCAAAGCUCAAUUCCAACCUCUCCGAUCCCACCGCCUCCUCCUCCACCUCCACCUCCAGCUCCAUCAUUUGAUUUGCAGAUGUCUUUUUCUACCCAAAGCUCAAUUCCAACCUCUCCGAUCCCACCGCCUCCUCCUCCACCUCCACCUCCACCUCCAGCUCCAUCAUCUCAUUUGCAGAUGUCUUUUUCUACCCAAAGCUCAAUUCCAACCUCUCCGAUCCCUCCUCCUCCGCCUCCAGCUGAAUUCGUUCGUCCGCGGUCUUCUUCAUCUACUCUAGGCUCAAUUGAAGCCUCUCUGAUCCCUCCACCUCCACGUCCAUCUUCACCUCUUAGUUUGCAGUUGUCUUCACUUAACAGCUCAAUUCAAGCCUCUCCCAUGAAGAUGGCUCGAAAAUGUAUGGGGAGGAGAAGGUCAGCGCGCUUUGCUAGAUCUUCCCCUGAUAUCCCCGAACCCUCCGGCAGCGCACCUUUCGCAUCUGCUGCAUCUGGCGGGAGCAGCCCAGGGUUCAGAAGGUGGCAUCUUGAGUCAUCUCAAAAAACAGAAGCGCUUCUGACUAAGACAGAAUCUUCAGAUCACAUCGUAGCAUUGCAGCAGGGUGAGCCAAGAGAGGAAAGCGGAUUCAUCCCGCGGAGUUUGCAUACGAAGCUUCCCUUCCCCCAGGAUCAACCUCAAAGUUUCCAAUAUGGCAGUGCUAAACGCUCAGGUCUCAGGUCAGGAGGGAUCCAGAGGGAGCCUGCAUCAACUGAAUCAUCUAGAAACAGGAUGCACAGACAAUGUUCAGCUCAAUAUAUCAGUCCAACACUUCUCCCGGGGGGAAUGUGGGAAGAACUUGAUGCGACGAUGUCCAGAUGGGAAAAGAUUUUCCAGAUGCAACAUUCGGAGGGCUACUGGGAGUUGACCACAGAACUGUAUCAAUACAUGAAAGUUAACAUCGACCGCUUUGUCAACGUGUUCCUGAAAGACAAAGGCAUCUGCUCUCUGGGUGUGAGGGCCCACACAGACAUCCUGAGGCUGGUGGCAACUCUUCUGGUUCUGCAGAUGAUGAGGGAGGAGAAACUGGAGGAAGGCAAACUGCUCCGCACCCUCUUCUGUCUGGAUGACUCCACUCAGCCCAGGCCACAGCGCUGGGAGGAGGUGAAGAAGGCGGUGGAGUGGGUUUGCUGGGCCGACAAACAGUACCCAUGCAUCUACAGCCGGCUGGAGUUUGGUCGGAGCUGGGAGUCGUCCACCCGUCAGCUGCUGGGCUACGAAGGCCUGCCCCCCUUCUCGACACUCAGAGGUCAGAUCCCCCCUCUACUGGUCCAUGAAGAGAAGAUGGCGUGAGAGAAAGUGAAACGCCUACGAUUUAUUUUUACAUUCUGUGGACAUGCACGUCAUUUAACUAGAACAUAGCGCGUCCCUCCACCAGGGCCAAACUGUGUCCUCAUGGAACCACAUUUAAAUCCACUGGAUCACAAAUCCACGGAUGCAAACUGCCUCGUGCCAACAGCGCUGUUGGUGUUGGAAAUGUUUUAAUUCGACUUGUUUUGAACGCCACCGUCUCUCUGAGUGUCUGCCACGUACCUCCAUUUUCUGGACAAUCGAUCAUCGUCUAAUGGGGGACGUCCAGCGAAAUAAUUCUCCAUGUCGGGAAGCAAAAGUCGCCUCAGACUGGAUUCAUGAUCAUUAACAAUGGGUUCUGUGUGUUUCGCAGAGAGCCCCUCCAGUCACCAGACAUCGGAGUUUUAAUAGGCGGGAAAUCGUAAUGUCCGCGGAACACGAGUCUAGACACUCUUUAUUUUCUCCAACUGAAACCUUGGACUCACGUGCAUGUUUUCAUCCAGUUACUGUUUUCUUUCAGAUUGAAUUGUUUUUUAAAUCAUGAUUUUUGGGAGGUGGGGGUUUCUGGUGACAGUUGUUUUGAAUCAUAUUCACUUUUCUUCAAUUUCAACCUGUGAUGAUGGUUUAGUAUCUUUCAUGACGGAGUAGAGGAAGGUGCAGGACUGAGCGCAGUGUUAAACACAAUGAUCCAUUCUGUCCUACAGAGGCUACUUGUAUUAACUGAGUUAUAUCUGACCUUCUAGCUUCAUUUAUACUAUAAUUACAAAAUGUGCAUAAUAACCUGAAGGCCUUUCCUGUGCUUUGGCUUUUGAAGACAGAAAAUAUAAACAUCACAAUCUUUCCUUUCUGUUUUCUCACCUUCGCUUCACUAACGACUUUACAUUCCUUCACAUCAGUAUCCACACACACUGUGCGCUGCCAUGAAAACAACUGUAAGUUUCUCAUUUGCAGAAAUAAAUGAUAAUAUGAACCAAAAAAAAUCUUUUCAGCUCUGGAAACUGUUCGAAUAACCAUUAAUGCAAAAUGUAAAAUAAGCUGUUCUGUCCUCAGCUUAAUAAAGUCAUGUAAACUCUG